CCAUGCUGCAGCUGGCGUACCUAGCGCUGACGCGUUCUGUUUGGCCGUGUUUCGCCUGCCCUCUCUGUUAACGGGUUUAGACUAUUCAUGCUGUCGGCGUCAUAGAGUUUCCUACAAAAAAUUUAUGGUCGGCGUAAUGUGCAAAACGGCGAAGACCUUGAUCGCAGCUGUCAAUCAUUCGAGUGGCCACUAGCAGCCGUCGCUCUGACUCGCUCGCUUUGGUGGCUUUGGUUUGUUUGCACUGUGCGACAGCCGCUGAAACUGCUGAAACUGUAACGUGGCACGCCGGUUGUUCUCGCACUGCUAUGAGUGGGAAACUGCUAGCACGGGAAACCUGCGGGUCCGAGAUUCAGCAAUCUUACGUCAAGUUCGAGAGCAGCGAUAAGCUGUACGUCGUGAAACGAUGGCCUCGCAAGUGGUCAUCGCUGAGAGCGUUGUUCAGCGAAGUAUUUCUCCCUGUUGGAUAUCCGGACAGCGUGAGCCGUGAUUACGCACAGUACCAGAUAUGGGACAGCAUCCAAGCUUUCGCCAGCAGUAUUACGGGAACGCUCGCUACCCAGUCCGUGCUCGCGGGCGUUGGAGUUGGGGACCAAGGUGCAUCUGUGUUAGCUGCAACAACCACUUGGAUACUCAAAGAUGGCACAGGCAUGACGGGGCGGAUCCUUUUUGCCUGGUUUCAAGGCUCAAACCUCGACUAUGACUCCAAGAAGUGGAGGCUGUUUGCUGACAUACUGAACGACAUCGCCAUAUUCCUGGAGCUCAUGUGCCAUUAUUUUAAGGGAUACGUGACCGUAGUGCUUUGUGUAUCCAGCAUUGCAAAGUCCAUUGUGGGUGUAGCUGGAGGAGCAACUCGAGCGGCGCUCACUCAGCACCAGGCUCGCAGAAACAACAUGGCCGACGUGAGUGCCAAGGACGGCAGCCAGGAGACCCUGGUCAACCUUGCUGCUUUCCUCUUCAGCCUCCUCCUACUUAGGAUUGUUGCUGGGAACCCAUGGUUUCUCUACAGCAUAUUUAUUUCUUUCACGCUCCUGCACAUCUAUGCGAACUACCGUGCUGUGUCCUGCGUCGUGAUGGAGACCUUCAACCGAUCUCGUUAUGCCGUUGUGGUCAGGCGUUUCUUGGAAAUGGCCGGAGACAUUGCGCCUGUCGGCUGGGUUAAUGCCCACGAGUCGGUGUGGAUUCAGUGUGGCAAACCAUUUGUCAGCAUCAACCUUGGUGUGCCUUUGUCCUCGAUCGCACCCACUUCAAAAGAGCUUCAGUGCAGAGUUCAAGAUGCUGUCGGCGACCAGAAAGCAGCACCUGCGUACCUGCUUGCAGUCGUACGAGACUCAUCGCGGCACUACAACAUCAACAUAGUGCUUUCAAAUGAGAGCACAGUGAAAGACCAGAUGGAGGCCAUGUUUCAUGCAUUUCUGCUCGAGUCUAUUCUGCUGAAGCUGAGGGUUAGCACGGACCAUCCGUGGGCAGCAGACAUCGCGGAGGUGGAGAACACCGCAGAAGACUUUUCCAGUGACGACCACAGGUUGUGCCGGUCUUCGAGGGCCAUGGUGAACAAGUGCUUUCCGCUGCUCUGGAAAGCGCUUGAAAGCUCAGAGUGGCAGAUUGACCGAGCUCUUUUUGGGGCCACAGAAUGGAGGGUGACUUGGUGUGAGGACGAGACGGUGUCGCCAGGUGACACUUCACAUUCCAAGCAGAUGUGAGUGUCUGGGCAUAGCACCUUUCUUUUUUCUGUACUGGUUGUGAAAAGGCAUGUUUCCCAUUCUGCCCUUGUUGUGAUUGAUAAUGUGCCACGUGUGGCAGCCAGACCACAACCUUUUAUACUGUGACCGUUUUUACAAACGCCAAGGACCAUUUUAUGUGAACUGUGCACUAUUUAUCCUUUUUUUUUAAUGUAUCAAACAUGACACUAUGCAGCUAUGGUUUCUGCAUAAUUGCUACAUUGGCUGAAAGCAGUGUUCAGGGAAGUUGUUCAUAUCACUUUGGGAUAACUAGAUUUUAGAUCUUGGGGUUUUUUUGGCACCUGCCAUCAAUGUGGCGUCAGCCGUCAUUUUAUAGGCGUGUCGGAAACAUGUGCUUAGCACAGUGUUAUGAUCGGCAGUGUGCCAUAUGCUUGCUGUGUGGUGUUCACACUUUUGGUACCUGCCGAGUCAGCUAUGGUGUCAGCCUUGCUGCACUUGCUGUGCUAUGGACAUGCUGUUACUACUAACAGGGCCAUGUGUGGGUAAUAUAAGUAUGCCUGUGUGAUGGAACGCAAGCAAGUCAGUUGGGUAAGUGCCCUUACUUACUGUUACAGGAGUAUAUUUAGAUUUAGUUGCCUACAGUGUCAUACUUUGAUCACCUGGAAUCUUUAUGAAAUGAAUAAACCUUUGUUCUAAAUGG